AUGAAGAUCUACAUGUACAGCGCACUUUUGGCAUUUGCCGCAUCUACCCACGCGUUUACCCUGGCACCAAAAUCCCGCGCCUCUGUGGUUCUCAACUCGAGCCCCCCUGGUCCGUUGGCCAAUGGUCCCGGUGGACAGGGCGGUGCCCAAAUUACCGGAGGAGCUUCUCCCUACAAUGGUCCCGUGACCGGAGGUCCCGGAGGAUCUAUUUCUGGCAAAAUGUUGGAGAAUGAGUAUUAUCCUUCCAAGCCACCGACUGGCAAGACCAAGGCUGCGGAUCUUUUGUUUUCACGUGAUAUUGCCACACUCCCUGCUGCCACUACCAUUCAGGGAGGAGCCCUCAAGACAUGGUCGUUCCCCAGUUCGGAUGUCGAUCGACUGGUCGUCUCCAUGACGUCAGAUCACCCCACUUUGGAUACCAUGACUCACGAAGGUCGUUUGUUGCACGCCAAGGUCGACUUGUGUCAGGGACCCAAUAACACCCCUCUGCAAAUGAUUGUCAAGUCCGGCAAAGGUAAGCUGCGUCCCUUCAAGGCCAUCAUCGAAACACCCGGUGGACACUCUUCCCUCUUUAUCCGAAACAUUGGAAAUCUCGAAUUCCCAAUCAUGGCCUGUGUCGAGGCUGCCAUGGAAGAUGCCUCCAUGGCCGGCGGCGCCGCUUCGGAAUUCAAGACUGUCUCCAAGAGUGUUUACGACAUGGCGAACCCCAAGACACUGCAAGGAGGAUCCGUGGUCACAUUCCCAUUGCAGAGCUCCAUCGCUUCCGUCAAGGUUAUGCUCAAGACAGAAGGACGUCCUUUGAAUGCUCUGAUCGAGUUGGUCCAAGGUCCCAACAGUGUCAAGCACACCAUUGAUCUCUACACGGAACACGGAAUUGAUCGUCCGUUUUUCUGUGUCAUUACCAGUCCAGGAGCCGAAAACGUCAUUCGAGUUGUAAACACAGCUCCCGUCGAAUUCCCCUUGACGGUUGGUGUCGAGCCGUAUGUCGUCGAAACCAACUAA